UGCGCGGGGCGGGCCGGUCCCGUCGCGUCCCGGUGCCGUCCCGUUGGUGUCGGCGGGGCGAUGCCGUUCCCGGGCGGGCUGUGGUGGCUGCUGUGCUGUCGACGGGGCUUUACGCUGCUGCGGCGGGACUACGGCGAGGCGGAGCGGGAGGCGGACGGCGAGGCCGAAGAGGAGGAGGAGGCGUCCUUCGAGCUCCGCGCCCAGGGAGACCAGGGAUCCCUGGAGGUGAGCCUGAGCCAGCCCACCCGUAGCAGCAGUGGCUCGGAGCGGUCCCUGCUUGUUGCAGAGGAGAUGCGCAGCCUCAUCGUGGAGAAGGGCCCAGGGCCAGUGGAGGAUGACCCUGAUGCUCUCGUGAAAGGCUGGCUGCAGCGGGAGAUGCGGGGCUGCAUGAAGAACCCCUGGAUCCGUCCUCGGAAGUACUGGUUCGUGCUGACACCUGACUCCCUGGACUACUACAGCAGCAAUGAGAAGGGGGCCCGGCGGCUGGGCUCCCUGGUGCUCACCAGCCUCUGUUCUGUGCUCUGGCCGGACAAGCAGCUCUACAAGGAGACAGGCUACUGGAGUGUGACGGUGUUUGGCAGGAAGCAUUGCUACCGCCUGUACACGGAGCACCUCAACGAGGCUGUGCGCUGGGUGUGCGCCGUGCAGAAGGUCAUUGACAGCAAAGCACCUGUCCAAACGCCCACCCAGCUGCUCAUGCGUGAUGUUGAGCUGCUGCCAUUGCUUUGCCCCCCCCAGGAGCACAGAGACAGCCCCGAGGUUCUGGAGCAGAUCUAUCGCUGCAACCCCAUCCUGCGCUACACCAGUGGCCCCCUUUACGCUCCCCUGCUGCCCUUCCCCUACGGCAGCCUGGACCAAAGUGCCCCUGGGCCCUGCAGCUACACCACGCUGCGUGAUGAGGCUGUGAAGCUCUUCAACUCGCUGCAGCAGCUGGAGUCAGAGCGGGACCCGGUGCCGCUGAUGCAGGGUGUCCUGCAGACCUGCCUGGACCUGCCACCGCUGGUGGAUGAGAUCUACUGCCAGCUGGUGAAGCAGACUACAGAGCCACCGGCGCCAGGUGGGCAGGGAGACCUGCACUACUGGCAGCUCCUCACCUGCAUGAGCUGCACCUUCCUGCCCUCCCCGCCUGUCCUGCGCUUCCUGCGCUUCCACCUGGACAGGACAGAGAGCCAUUUUCCUGCCUCGGAGAUGGCCAAAUAUGCCUGCUUCAUCCGGGAGGCAUUGGAAAAGACGAAGGGGAGGGAGUGUGUGCCCUCUCUGGAGGAGAUCCUGGUGCUGAUGCAGCGGCAAGAGAUGAUCUGCACAGUGCACUGUCCUGGCGUGCCCGCCUGCAGUGUGGCCAUCAGUUCCCAUACCACAGCUGAGGAGGUGGCCCAGGAACUUGUGUCACGCCUGGGGCUGUCCCAAAGCCCCAACCUCUUUGCGCUCUACGAGCAGUCCCGGCGACGGGAGCAGCCAGUGGGCAGUGCCACACUGCUGGCUGAUGUCCUCACCAGGUUUGAAAACCUGGCUGGAGACGACCGGGAGCAGGACCCACCAUGCCGGCUCUGCUUCAAGCACUACGGCUUCCUGGACACGGACAAUGUCCCACGGGACAGCCUGGAGUUUGCCCUCCUCUUUGAGCAGGUGAGCAGCCCGCUGGGGUGGAUGUACUGUGCCGUGGUGUGGUGGCCGUGCCGGCUCACCCCUCUCUCUCGCAGGCACACGAGAUGGUGCUGCGGGGCUACGUGCCCACAUCAGAGGAGACGCUGCAGACACUGGCGGCCCUGCGCCUGCAGAGUCUCAACAGCGACUUCUCCACCCACGCGCCCUUCCCUCGCCUGGAGGAGCUCUUCCCACCCCACGUGUUGCAUGCCCGCUUGCCGCCCCCGCCCCACCAGCCCCCCACCAAGUGCCGGGGGGCCCGGCUGCGUGCAGGGCUGCUGGCCGGCGGGCUCUGGGGUCAGGCGCUGGCCAAGCAACGUGCGGAGCGGGACCAGCGCUUGCGGGGCCGUCUGCGCGAGGAGGGGGCCAGCACCAUGGCUGCCAUUGUGGAGAAGUGGAAGCUGCUGCAGGGCAUGGGCCGGCCCGAGGCCAUGGCCGCCUACGUGGCCUUGGUGCGUGAGUGGCCUGGCUUUGGCUCUACGCUCUUCGAUGUCGACCUGCACGCGCCAGGAGAGCCCGAGCCCUUGGACAGCUUCUGCUACGGCCGCAUCUCCUCCUUUGGUGCCUCCGACAGCAGCACCUUCCGCCUCUCCGUGGAGGAUCGAGACCUGCUCUUUGAGACCUCCCAGGUGGAUGAGAUUGCCCAGCUCCUCAACACGUACCUGGCCUCUGCAGGUGCCCAGCGGCUGCCCCGGCCCCAGGAGCCUCCCACCAGUCACCCCACCUCGGAGCCCACUGUGCUGCCCCAGGGGCUCUGCCCUGGGGCCAGGCCCUGGCAGCACCGGCCAUCAGUGGGUUCCUCCCCCAGGUAGCCCAGCAGUGGGUGUGGCCAUUCAGGUGCUCCGAUGGCCGGUGUGGGAGGGCCGCCAAGUCCAGCAGCAGUGGCAGGUCUGUGCUGGCCCCCAGCUGCUUCAGAGAGCAGGGGGGCAGGGGAUCGUGCUCUCCCACUGCCACUGCCUUUCUGGCUAUUCCCUUAAUUUAUUUUGAGCGCCUGCGCGCCCCACAUCUCCCAGCACUUUCCCUGGUGGACAGCAGGGCCGCCCUGCUGCGGUCCCCCAGACUGCCCCCAGGCCUGACCCCUUCCCCUAUACCCUGGUGCCUUUGCCUCCAGCACUUGUGUUCCUGGCCACUCUGCUCGUGCUCUGGGGGCUUGACCCCGAGCAGAGGGUACCAGGCAGUAGUGCUGUGCCAUCAUCUGUCUGUCCGUCCUCUGGACCCACCCCUUCUGGAAAGCUGCGGGCAGCUUUAGCCAAGCUGCCCCAGGGACCCGUGGGUGCCUCCUGCAUGAGUGGCUGGGCUCUGCGGUGGCCCUGUGGCCAGGCUUAUGUCACAGGGGUGGCUUGUGGAGUGGCAGCUGGUACGGCUGGGGCUCAGCCCCUCAGUGUUGCCUCUGUAGAGUUUGUUGGUUCUGUCUUGGGAUGGGGGGGGUUGGUUGAUUGUUUUUCUAAAUAAAU